AUGCAGAAGCCGAUCCGCAGCCUUGGGCCCGAAGACUUCGAGAAGCUAGUGACCACUAGCGGAAUCUGCAUCCGCGUCAGUAGCGUGCUGCCGGAGAUGGUGGUCGCAGUCUUCAAGUGCCACAGCUCGUACCUCGUCAAGUACGACCGCAAGCAGUGCAAUGCUGAAAUCAGCGCGUUCGUCACCAACGGAACCGUCGAAGAACCGACGUUUUGCACGCGCUGCCAGUCGCACCGCUCGUUUUUGCUCAACCACGCCAAGUGCGUCUUCAGCAGCAAGCAGCUCGUCAAGAUUCAGGAGAGCCACGAAACCAUUCCAGAAGGCGAGUCGCCGCAAACGUUCCUCGCCUACCUGCGUGACGAACUGAUCCACGCGCUCAAGGCAGGCGACACCGUGUCUCUCACAGGCAUCUACCGCGCGCUGCCGAACCGCAAAAACUUCCGGCAGAGCACGCUGCGCGCGGUGUUCAAAGCGUGCAUCGACGUGAUUUCGUUCCGCAAAACCCCCCGACCAACGCAACAGGUUAGCACGCGCUCGGGCCGCGUGUACUCGCCGUCGUUCGUCGCGCGCGCGCGCGCGCUGAGCGAGCAUCCGGACGUGUACGAACUGCUGACGAAAGCCUUUGCGCCGCGCAUCUUCGAGUACUCAGACGUCAAGAAAGGCUUGCUUUGCCAGCUGUUCGGCUGCCGCCAGAACGUUGACGCGCAGUCGGGCUCUACGCUACGCAGCCGCGGUGAGCUGCACGUGCUGCUCUGCGGCGACCCGUCGACCGCCAAGAGCCAGCUGCUGCAGUAUGUGCACCGCAUCGCGCCGCGCGGCGUCUACGUCGUCGGACGCGGCACGACAUGUGCGGGGCUCACUGCGAGCCUCACGCGCGACCCGGAAACCAACGACUUCGUGCUCGAGUCGGGUGCCGUCAUUUUGAGCGACGGCGGCGUCUGCUGCAUCGACGAGUUCGACAAAAUGGACGACGGCUCGCGCGUGAUUUUGCACGAAGUGAUGGAACAGCAGCAGGUCAGCUUCGCAAAGGCGGGCAUCGUCUGCACGCUCAACUGCGCCACCGCGAUCUUGGCCUCCGCCAACCCGAUCAAGAGCAAGUACGACGCGACGAAGACGAUCGUCGACAACAUCAACAUGCCCGUCUCGCUGCUGUCGCGCUUUGACUUGAUCUACCUCGUGCUCGACAUUUGCAACCCUGACAUGGACCGCAGGAUCGCGUACCAUAUUUGCGACAUGUACGCUGAAAACCGCAAGCGCUCUCCAGAGCAGAACAUCGAAGUCAGCGACAUCGACGAACAGUUCUUGAAACAGUAUAUCUCGCUCGCCAAAGACGUGUGCAACCCCGAGCUCGCGGAGAACUGCGAGCCGCUGCUGAUCCAGACGUACCUGCAGCUGCGCGGGCACGGAGCCGGCGGCUCCGUGCUCGGCACGCCGCGGCAACUUGACUCGCUCAUGCGCAUCGCCUCGGCGCUCGCGCGCAUGAAGCUGCAGCAGCGCGUCACCGAAGUCGAGAUCGUCGAAGCCGAGCGGCUGCUCAAAGCCGCGACGUACGCCACGCUGACCGACCCGCUCACUGGCAAGAUCGACUUCGAGCAGCUGCACUCCGGAAUCAACGAGUCGGCUCGCGUGCGCGCUUUGCUGCUGACCUGCGAUGAAGUCUAUUCUGCCCCAGGAACAACUGCAGUUAAUCAGCAAGGACGAGGAUCUAAACACUGA